AGACGCGUAAAUAAGACGUCGACGUGCCGAGAGGCAGCCGCGGGGCCUGACGGGAUUGUGGCGGUCCUCUCCCAACUCGGAAGCUGCGGCUGCCUCCAGACGCUCUCAAGAUGGCGACCUCUCUAGGUUCCAACACCUACAACAGGCAGAAUUGGGAGGAUGCGGACUUCCCUAUUCUGUGCCAGACGUGUCUUGGAGAAAACCCAUAUAUCCGAAUGACCAAAGAAAAGUAUGGGAAGGAAUGCAAAAUCUGUGCCAGGCCAUUCACAGUGUUUCGCUGGUGCCCUGGGGUCCGCAUGCGUUUCAAGAAGACUGAAGUGUGCCAGACCUGCAGUAAAUUGAAGAAUGUCUGUCAGACCUGCCUCUUAGACCUAGAAUAUGGUUUGCCCAUCCAGGUUCGUGAUGCAGGAUUGUCUUUUAAGGAUGACAUGCCAAAGUCCGACGUCAACAAAGAGUACUACACACAGAAUAUGGAGAGAGAGAUUUCCAACUCUGAUGGAACGCGGCCAGUUGGCAUGUUGGGGAAAGCCACAUCCACCAGUGACAUGCUGCUCAAACUGGCCCGGACCACACCCUACUACAAAAGGAAUCGACCGCACAUUUGCUCCUUCUGGGUGAAAGGAGAAUGUAAGAGAGGAGAGGAGUGUCCAUACAGACAUGAAAAACCAACAGAUCCGGAUGACCCCCUUGCUGAUCAGAACAUUAAAGACCGAUAUUAUGGAAUCAAUGACCCUGUGGCAGAUAAACUCUUGAAGCGGGCUUCAACAAUGCCACGUCUAGACCCACCAGAGGACAAGACUAUCACCACACUGUAUGUUGGUGGUCUGGGGGAUACCAUUACUGAGACCGAUCUAAGGAAUCACUUCUACCAGUUUGGAGAGAUCCGGACCAUCACUGUUGUGCAAAGACAGCAGUGUGCUUUCAUCCAGUUUGCUACAAGACAGGCUGCAGAAGUGGCUGCCGAGAAGUCUUUUAAUAAGUUGAUUGUCAAUGGCCGCAGGCUCAACGUGAAAUGGGGAAGGUCCCAGGCAGCCAGAGGGAAAGAAAAGGAGAAGGACGGAACCACAGACUCCGGAAUCAAGCUCGAGCCCGUUCCAGGGCUCCCAGGAGCUCUUCCUCCUCCUCCUGCCGCAGAAGAAGAAGCCUCCGCCAACUACUUCAACCUGCCCCCAAGUGGUCCUCCGGCCGUGGUGAACAUUGCCCUGCCACCCCCACCUGGUAUUGCCCCGCCCCCACCCCCAGGUUUUGGGCCACACAUGUUCCACCCCAUGGGACCACCCCCUCCUUUCAUGAGGGCUCCAGGACCAAUCCACUAUCCUUCUCAGGACCCUCAGAGGAUGGGAGCACAUGCUGGGAAACACAGCAGCCCCUAGCACUCAUCACCACUCUGGGGCUCUACAGAAGAGAGGGCGCUUAAAAAUCCUAGUAAAUGAAUCCCGGAAUAAAUAUAUUUUUCCUUCCUUUGUAGUUCCCAUGGUAGUGGAAUGUAUUCAGAUGUGGGCAGUUGGAGAACAACAGCCAUGAUUUCCUCUAUGUGUUCUCAAAGGAUUGAUGGACCUGAAAUAAGCUGCCGUUAACACAUCUGGUUACUGCUAUAACAUUACUAAUAAAACUUAAUGCCUCUUCCCCUCAUCUGUGUGGGGAACAAGCAACUGGGUGAAUUGAAAUGUCCAGCGGAGUUACCAUCCCAACUAUAUGUUCAUUUUGUAUCUUCUUUUGGCGGGUGGGGGGUGGGAAGUGACCUGCAGUAAGAAAAACAAGCAAACAAUUUUUGACCAUUUUUAUGUCCAUUGGAUAUUUUCCUUUUUAUCAUCUAAAAAAGAUUACUAGUACUAAUCAUUGUAGUGGCAAGAGUGUGAUUUAAUGCUUCUAAAGUCACACUCUUGAAAGACAAGUAGAAACAGCACCCAGCACAACCCAGAUCUUAUCUCUCCUGAUUUAUUACUAAAGGAAUCUGGCUGAUAGUUUAAUUUCUUCAUGCUACCAAAAAGACAAAAAUUACUUUUCAUUCCUGUCAAUCAGAUGGAGACACAGAUUUCAUGGAGCUGUGUAUCAUUGAAGAAACCUGGUAUUUGAGAUGAAAUUAUUUUAAAGAACUUCUGUAAAACACUUCAACAAACUGUGAAAGGAAAAGAAUUAAGAGUGUGUUUAAAUGGAAGACUUGUGGUCUACGGCUGGAAUGUCGAUCUUCAGCAUUCACCUUUGUGUGACUUCAGCGUCUCAUUUUAAUUCCCUGCUCUGGGCCGGGGAUUCUGUUUGGUCUUAGAAUAUUUGGAAAUAAUUGAAUUGUAGAUGGCAAAAAAAGAAAAAUUGAUGUUGUGUUGUAUUUUUGUUUUAAAAAAUUAAAACAGGUCAAUUUUCCAAAUGUUGUCAUAGGUUUAUUUCUGUUUUCUUUAUCCUUGGUAGCUGAAGUUGAGGUCAGUGGGAGUUAGAAACAAGUUAUAUAUAAAGAUAUGUUUUUGCUUUAGAUAUGUUUUUGUUUUGAUUCUGAUCUUUAUCUAGUCUAAAAGACCUAGGCCCUUUUAGUACUUAUGUCAAAGAUUACUUGUGGGGUUGAAAUAAGAUGAUACACAGAAGGCACUCAACAGAGAGCCUGCCAUGUGGUUGUGGAUACAUGCUAGCUUUAAAAUGUCAUCUUAGUAUUAUGUAAGUUGUUUUAAAAGGAAUCAGGAAAAAUUGAUCUACAAGCCCAUUUUUCUAGAAGCCAAUUCCCAUGUCACUUUUAUCUCAAAAGUAUCUACUUAUAGAAUGAAUAUACCUCUUUUUACCCCGUUUCAGCUCAAGAAUUUUUGUUGUUUUCCUCUAGAGAACUUUAUCUUGCCUUUUUUUUUCAAGAUUUAAAAUUAAUCUAGAAGCACUUAGACAAUUUAAUUCUAGUAGUAUCAGAUGUGAAGCAAUGUAGGGAUACUUCCAAAUAUUCUGACACCCUUCUGGUAGGGUUUUUUGUGAUGGUGGAGGGAAGGUUACUGUUGAGCAUGUAAGAGAUUUUUAGCCAAUCUGGUAAUGUGAAGCAGUGUUUUUUCUCUCCGAAUUCAACUAUAUCUGUCUAUGUAUAUAUACAUAUGUAAUCUUGACUGUGCAACUGUGUAUUCCUGCCUUUUUGAGAACAUUCUAAAUGUUUGCUUACUAGCUGGCUGUGGAUAAGUGGCUUUUGAAAAGUAAAAGCAAACAAAGUAUAAAGUAAGUCUUGAUUGGCCUUAAGUAAAUCAGAAUUAUGAGCAAUUAGAUUUUGGCAAAAACUCAGAGGUGCUUACCAAACUCCGUUUCUUUUUCCUCUAGGGAACGUAGCCAGGGGUUCACUUGGCAAAAAAGUAAACUGCCAUUCCUAGACCUCGGCUGUAGAAACAUCUCCCCUACUCAGAGCUAUGAACUCUCCCGUUUGCUGGCUGAAUGCACAGGAGGAUGAUCUCUGGAAGACGGCAGUCAGACAAUGGGAGGAGGCUGGGUUCCUCUAUCACUGCUAAAAGGAGAGCAUUGUAAGAGGAAUUUUUGUUGCAGUAAGCCAUUGAGUCCUGAGGAUCUAUCUGUAACAGCAGCUAGUGUUCUUCUCAUAAAAGAUGUCUGAUCUGAUCACGAAAAAACAAAGAAGAAACUCAUUUUUUAUUUACACCGA